CGGGUCCCGCCCUACCCUUGGGCCCGCCCUCAGCAGCCCGCGCUUCUGGAGCGCGCCCGGCCAAGGGCUGCGGUUCCGGCCGCCAUGUGUGGACCUUCAGGCGUGUUUGGAAGCGCGUUGACAUCUGUGAAGGGCUUUGUGUUGCAAACUGUAUCGAAGCGCUGAGCAGUCCCGGAAGCGCUUUGGCGUCUCCGAGGUAGCGCGGUGCAAAGAGAAGCGCUUGGUGAUCUCGGAAGUAACGCUGUGGAUGGGGAAGCCCAGCCCGAAGCCGUCAGUGGAUCUCUGACCGUCGCGAUUUCUCCGAAGCGCUUUGCAUCUCCGAAACGCUGAGAACUGUGAUGGGCAGUGGAAAGAAGAGGGAAAGGUGCCCAUGGCGUCGGAGCGGCGCAAGGUCAAGUACCACUGGAGCGGCGCUUUGGAAGGGUGUCCCAGCAAGCGCAGCUGCCCCCGGGAGCCCGGUGAUGUGGCCCCCUCCAAACGUCCAGCUCGUGGCUCUGCGUCGCGUCCUCCAGGGGCCAGCAGCCCCAAGCGCCUGAAUGCCCCGCAGGAGGACGAUGAGGCUUGCACGCCGAGGUUGUCCUGGAGCUCCUCCCGCCGCAGAAAUUCGUCGUCGUCGUCCUCCUCCCACUCCUCGGGCCCAGGUGUGGGCGGGGCGGCCUCCCAAGGCUGCCUGAUCCGGAGCACCCGGGGGUUUCUUUCGUCCAAGGGAUCCAACCCCUCCCUAGAAGAAAUGGCUUCUUUAGAGGAGGAAGCCUGCAGCCUUAAGGUUGAUUCCAAAGAUAGUUCUCGUAACUCCACAAGCUCUGAAUUUGCAGCUGAAGCUGAGGGUCAGAAUGAUGCUAUGGAGGAACCAAACAAGGUUCAGAAAAGGAAGCGGGAUAGGCUUCGAGACCAAGGUUCCACAGUGAUCUACCUGAAGGCAAUCCAGGGCAUUCUGGGGAAGUCGAUGCCCAACAGGAAGGGGGAGGCUGCCAACGCUAGGGUGAAGCCAAGCCCAGGAGAGCGUCCCAGCAGAGAAGGACCAGUCAAGAGUGUGGAAGAACCAGCCAGGAGUAUUGAAGGACCAGUUAGGAGUGUCACUGUCACUGCUCCUCAGGAGGAGAAGGAGUCAUCUCCAGAGGUCAGGGUGGAGGAGGAAAAGCCCGAAUUAGACAGGAGCAACUUCUGCGACAGAAGAGUGGUCAUAGAACCUCAGGAGAAACUCAGUGAGGAGCCACUUGGUGACCGACGGACAGUUAUUGACAAUCCCUCUCCACUCCUAGAAUUUCUCGAUGACUCUGACUCUCAUUUAGAUGUCCAAAAGCAUAAAGACAGGGAGGUGGUGAUUGAGCACCCCUCUUCAGGAAGCGAUUGGUCCGAUGUCGAUGAGCUGUCCACUGUGAGAUUCUCUCAGGAGGAGCCUGUCUCGCUCAAAUACUCGGCAGUUCCAGAGCCUUCUUCCUUCCCCACUGACUAUGUUAUGUAUCCUCCUCAUCUGUACAGUAGUCCCUGGUGUGACUAUGCCAGCUGCUGGACCAGUAGCCCCAAGACUCCUGGCUAUCCCUCUGUGGGCAGCAGCAACCAUGAUACAGCACAGGCUGGGAAGAGCAGCCAGAGCCACCCGAGUGGUUUUUCUCCCAAGUCCACAUUGAGCUCCCAGAGCACCUCCAGAGAUCUGGAGGCUGCCCAGGAAGGCAGAUCACAGAAUUCUCGUUCAUUUCAUUUCUCCAGAAGCUCAGAGGAAGGGGAGGUGAAAGAGAAAAGGACAUUCCGAGAGGAGACACCACCUCGCCCCUGUGGAGUAAAUGUAUCUAGCUCCCUGCCAAGGAGCCACCGGGAACUGAGCCUAGAGGAGGGCUUCAUUGAUACCCACUGUCACUUGGACAUGCUCUAUUCCAAGUUGUCUUUCAAAGGGACCUUUACAAAGUUCAGAAAAAUUUACAGCAGCUCUUUCCCUAAGGAGUUUCAGGGCUGCAUCUCAGAUUUCUGUGAUCCUCGGACACUGACAGAUGGCCUGUGGGAGGAGCUCCUGAAAGAAGAUCUGGUUUGGGGGGCCUUUGGCUGUCACCCUCAUUUUGCACGUUACUAUAGUGAGAGUCAAGAAAGAAACCUUUUGCAAGCCUUAAGGCAUCCCAAGGCUGUGGCAUUUGGGGAAAUGGGUCUGGAUUACUCUUACAAGUGCACCACACCUGUCCCAGAGCAGCACAAGGUAUUUGAGAGACAGCUGCAGCUGGCUGUGUCUUUAAAGAAGCCCUUGGUCAUCCAUUGCCGAGAAGCUGAUGAAGAUCUACUGGACAUCAUGAAAAAAUUUGUGCCCUCUGACUACAAGAUCCAUAGGCACUGCUUCACCGGCAGCUACCCGGUCAUUGAGCCCCUGUUGAAGUACUUUCCCAACAUGUCGGUGGGCUUCACGGCAGUGCUCACGUACUCCUCCGCCUGGGAGGCCCGCGAUGCACUGAAACAGAUCCCAUUGGAGAGGAUCAUUGUGGAAACAGAUGCUCCCUACUUCCUCCCUCGCCAGGUUCCCAAAAGCCUUUGCCAGUAUGCCCACCCGGGCCUAGCCUUGCACACAGUUCGAGAGAUCGCCAGGGUGAAGGAGGAGCCACUCUCCCACACACUGGCCAUCCUUCGAGAGAACACCAGUCGCCUCUACAGUCUCUGAGCAGGAGUCUGCUGGAAAAGGGCGACCGGCGGCCUGACAGAUCACAGGCUGAGUUCCAAAUGCCCACGUCCAAGGUCAAGGAUGUGUUGCAGAGCCUGUCAGGACAGAGCAACCAGGACAGGAUGUUGUCCUUGGAACGUUGUCACAGAC